CCCCCCCCCACCCCCCCGACCUCGGCCCUAGGUGAGGGUAGGGCAGCCCCCUGGCGCUGAGAGUUCCUCGCUCUUCUCCAGCCGCAGCCGCGCGUCAUGCACGUAGCCUGCUUUGACUCGUCGGAGGAAGAGGCCGCUGAGGAGGAGGAGGAGGAGGAGGAGGAGGGGCCGGCGCCGCUGGCGCUGUCCUGGCUUCCUCUGUCUCCUGCCUGCUCCUCCGCGUUCCUGGGCGUGUGUUCCCUUCCAGGUUGCAGGUUUAAGGACAUUAGAAGGAAUCUUCAGAAAGAUAUCGAUGAACUAAGGAGCUAUGGGACGCAGGAUGUGUUUGUGCUUUGUACCAAAAGAGAGCUCUUAAAAUACCGAGUACCAAACCUUAUAGACGCCUACCAGGAGCGUGGCAUCUGUGUGCACCACUAUCCUAUUCCAGAUGGAGACGCUCCUGACAUCGCCACGUGCUGCAGAAUUCUGGAAGAGCUCAGAAGCUGCCUGGAAAGCAACCAGAACACAAUCAUACACUGUUACGGUGGCCUCGGACGCUCAUGUCUCAUAGCUGCAUGCCUCCUGCUUCGGCUUUCGGAUGUACUGACACCUCAGCAAGCAAUAGACAGCCUCAGAGACUUAAGAGGAUCUGGGGCAAUACAGACAAUCAAGCAAUACAAUUAUAUCCAUGAGUUUCGAGAGAACGUAGCUGCACAUCUGGCAGCCCAGGAUGCAGUACUGAGAUCGGUAUCACGGUGAACUCCUGCUGGCGUGGCACGUCUUUGUCUCCCUGGCUGUGGCAGACACCUGGACAAGGCAGCUCAUCCUGACCUCGAUAACUGCUCGUUGCUGCUGCCCCAGUGACAGUGCUGCUCGCUUUCAGAUGUGCGUGUAAAAUGUUGGGGCUGGGGGGCAGAAAUCUUACGGGACGUAGAGCGUCUUCAUCUGUUUAGCAAUCUUCAGCACUUAAAAAUGCAUGGAAUUUUGUUGUGUUCGUUA